AGCAAAUCCGUAGGAUUUAUAUGGACGAACGAACAGUUCAAAAUCGAUCAGCUGCACUCAGAGUGGAGGGUCGGAAAAACGCGUGUUUUAGAGUCCAAUCGCAACACUUAAAGAAAUGUAAAUAUUUUAACCUGCUGCCGACGUUCUGUUGGUGUAAAAAAAAAAAAAAAAAAAAAGUCAUAGUUUAAGGUCUAAGAAGAAAAAUGAACGAUUAAUGAAUUGAUUACGAUUAAUGAAGACGUGCAAAAUGUUAAUGACUUAUAAAUCAUUGUGAUUUUGAUAUUUUUCCAAGACUAAUUCAUACCGAAUACAUAAUUAUGAUUACACGAAGUCAGGAUUUACGUUUUAAAAAAUUUUUUGGCUGUCAGGACCUGCCUUUCUCCAGUGACGUCAAACUCAGGCGCUGCAACGAGCUAGGAAAGUCGGGAGUCUCUGAACCAGGUUUUUGUCCGUUAUCCCGUUAUGGGGGACAUGAAGACCCCAGAUUUCGACGACUUGUUGGCGGCUUUUGACAUUCCGGACAUUGAUGCAAAAGAAGCUAUCCAGUCUGCCCCAGAGGAAGCAGAGGGACACCAUGGAGCUGCGGGGGGCGUGGGAAAGUCAGGCAGCAGUGGGGCAGGAGGUGGAGGGAGCGGAGGUCCUUCCCUAAGACCCCCCAGCCCUCCAGACCAUCAGCACCACCCCCAAACCUUGGGUCUCUCCUCGCAGGGCGAUCCCCCUGUCGUCAGUGUAAUUGUGAAGAACAGGGUGCGUCCUGACGUUUUUGGAGAGGCGGGAGUAGACUUGGAUAAAGAGGGCCUGGGCAGCAGUGCAGAAGCUGGGCCAGGGAACGGGGUGGGAGGAGCUGUCAUGGGCGCCCGACCCAGAAUGGCCCCCUCAGAGCCGCUCGUCCACAAUGGGUUCGAGGCCACGGCAGCUUCCACCGACCCCGCCUUGCGUCAGGCCCAGACCCAGUCUAACGGGGAAAUAUGGCCUACCUGCUCUCCAAAAACUGCCAGCGAGGGAGGGGGCAAUGGGCUGGGAGUGGAAUCGGCCAGCACCGGCAAACACGGCGCCAACAUUUUCAACAGACUGAAGCCCCUGAUGGCUCAGAGUCCUGGGGAUCCCAUAGGCAAGGCCAGGAAAAUGCUGCAUUUGCAGCAGCAGCAGCACGAGGCUGGCCUGGAAGGGCUUGACCCAUCCAAAGCUCUGGGCUCUUCCAACACUGCUUCCUCUCAUGGCCCUGUGUCAGCUGGGAUCUCAUCAGCUUUCUUUCCCGCCCCCUUACCUGUGCUUCCGAUUCCCUCCACCCCCUCAUCCUCCCACCCCAUCGCUUCCUGUCUCUCUCAGUCCUCCCUGAAUGAGGUGGGCUCUCACCCCUCUGGGACCAUCUCUUCACCCAUGGUUCCCACCUCUCAGCCUUUUAACGGCCAAGGGGUCGCAUUCCGUCACUUGGAAUCAGAUGAUGAGGACUCGGACCCUGAUUUCGGGAGUCCGUUAGUGAUCCAGGAAAGCCCCGAUUCCCCGGCUUGCACUCCUCCAAAAUUCCCCCGUCGCCAUCAUUCCCCCUCCAGAAUCUUCAACUCUCACCCAGCUCCCCCGACGUCCGCUUACACCGAAACGGGAGACGUCGCCCCAGCGCCGUCCUCGCCCUCCGCGUCCACCUGCCCCCAGGCCUCGCAGAGCUGGCUCCCCUCACCCCACUCAGAGAGCCCCACCCAUGGGGACCGAGGUCUGGAGCAUGUGAUCGAGGAGCGGGACUCGCCUGAAAGUCCAGAGCCUGAAGCCCCUCGUUCAGCGGUCUCCACGGGAUCAGUGUCCACAUCCCUGAAAAGGAGCUUGAGCCCAGCCGUGGCCUCCUCUCCGCUGCCCGCCGCCCGCCAGGGCUCUGUGGAGAGGGAGAUGGAGGGAGUGAAAGAAGCUGGGGAGGCCCUGGAGAGCAAGGCCGCCGGGCUGACUGUCGACAAACUCAACCCAGAGAGCGCGCUAGAGCAGGUUAGCGGGACAGAAGAUGAAAAGAUGGACGUGGAUGAUGGAGAGAAUAUUGGUAGGGCAGCUGCUACCAGAGGUAAGGCUUCUUCUGCGGUUACCGUUACCACAACUGUGACUUCCUCAACCACUACGGCUGCUGCUUCCUCCAGGCCUCUCAAAGUCCGCAUCAAGACGGUCAAGAGCUCCACGGGGGGCAUCACCAGAACAGUGACAAGGGUGGCAGGUAAAGGGGCGGGGUCCGUGGGUUCCAAGGAUGCCUCCAAAGCUCAGUCCGUAGGGCAUAAAGGUGCCAACAGGCCUAAGAAAACUAGUACCCCCUCCUCCACUGGCCAAGCAGCAAGCUCCCAGCAGCAUUUCACCAAAGGCAACAUCCUACCAGUGUCAACUAUCCAGGAUGCCAGCACUGCCAUGCUCAUGGCGGCCAGCAAGGCCCAAAACAAAAUGGCAUCUUCGUCCGAAAAGUCCAAGGUCUCCACAACGGCCGUCAACAUCACCAGAAGUGCAGCCCUCCCCUCCAUCUCAUCAUCCUCUUCCACUGCUGCCGCAUCCCCCAAAUUUAGCACGGGGACCAGUGGGAUCGGCGUGCGCCCCGUGGGACAGAAGACUGUCAAUGGCGCCCCUGCCACAGCCCCGGUGCCGCAGGCAUCCAAACCGGUCUCCAUCGUCAACAGCACGGGCGCCGUCAUCUCCCGCAGCCAGUCCACCCUGGUGGAGGCCUUCAACAAGAUCCUCAACAGCAAGAACCUUCUGCCCAGCUACCGGCCCGACCUCUCCACACCGCUUCCCCCCGAGUGGAGCCUCCCGCUGCCCGCCAACGGCUACCGCUGCCUGGAGUGCGGCGACGCCUUCGCCCUGGAGCGCAGCCUGGCGCGGCACUACGACCGCCGCUCGCUGCGCAUCGAGGUCACCUGCAACCACUGCGCCAAGCGGCUGGCCUUCUUCAACAAGUGCAGCCUGCUGCUGCACGCCCGCGAGCACAAGGAGCGCGGCCUGGUCAUGCAGUGCUCGCACCUCGUCAUGCGCCCCGUCUCUAUCGAGCAGAUGAUUGGCCAGCAGGACACCACGCCCAUCGGCAUGCUCUCUCCUUCCCUCUCCUCUCCCGCCACUGCCUCGGCUACUACAGCAGUGCCCCCUGUGGCCCCUGCGGCCUCUGCGGCCCCCGGCCUAUCAAAGGAAGACCAGGCCACCCAGCCAAGCCCGGCCCGCCGGGCCCCCGACAGCCCCCAGGUUCUCCUGCCCCUGCCCUGCAAGAAGGGGGAGAGCCUGCAGUACCACAACUACAAGUGCCCCGAGUGCCGCACCCAGUUCGGGGGGAAGACGGAACUGGUGGCCCACUUCCAGGAGGUCAAAGCUGCUUCGACCACAACCUGCAUGCUGUGCUCUCCCGCCAUGAUGCUGCCCAACGCCUGCAGUGCCGCCGCCCACCAGCGCAUCCACAAGCACCGCUCGCCGCACGUGUGCCCCGAGUGCGGCGGCGUGGCUCGGCCCGCCAGCUUCCAGACCCACCUGGACGAGGCCUGCCUGCACUUCGCCCGCCGCAUCGGCUACAGGUGCUCCAGUUGUCAGGUGGUGUUCGGGGGCCUGAACUCCAUCAAGUCCCACAUCCAGACGGCCCACUGCGAGGUCUUCCACAAGUGCCCCAGCUGCCCCAUGGCCUUCAAAUCUGCGCCCAGCGCUCACUCCCACAUCAGCACCCAGCACCCGGCCCUGGGGGCCCCGCAGGCCAAGAUGAUAUACAAGUGCGUGAUGUGCGACACGGUCUUUACCCAGAAGCCCCUGCUCUACGUCCAUUUCGACACGCACCUGGCCAAGCAGAAGGUGCACGUCUUCAAGUGCCCCGACUGCACGAAGCUGUACGCGCAGAAGGGCUCCAUGAUGGAACACAUCAAAAUGGCUCACAGGGGCCUGUCCGUCAAACCGGAAGCCCCAGACACCGUCUCCAGCCCUGCUGCCCCCGCUCCGCCCUCUUCCUCCCUCCCAAAACCCAAGGCCCCCGCGAAGACGGAGAGCUCCGACGGGGAGGAGUGGGCUGGGGAGCAGGAGGAGGAGGGGGACGACGGAGAGGGGAAGAAGGACCCCGACUACCCCGCCAGCGCCGCUGAGGCGGCCCCUGCGGAGUGGAGAGAGGGCGCCAAACCCGCUGCGCAGAGAGGGACCACCACGUCUCCCACAUGAGGGAAGAGCACGGCCACCAGGGGGCGCCAUGCACCGAGCGCAUCCUUCAGACUGCUCCGUUUUGUUGAUUUUUGAUAAUUUAUUAUUAUUUUUUAAUUUUUUUGUUGUUUUGUUUGUAAAAUUUUCAGCCAACGGUACUUUUACAAUAUACUUUCACGUAAAACUGUAAAAACAAGUGUGAUAUCCACCACAAAAAAGCCCUGUGACUUCCUAUUGGAUUGUUCUUUGUCCUAUAUGACACUUUUUUUUAUGUAAAGGGACAGUGACAGUUGUAAACCCCGGACGUACAGUACACGUAAUGCUGAUGAGUGCACUUUGGGCCUUCCUGGCCGACGCAGCCCAUGAAGAACCCCCCGUGUUGCUUGUAUGAGCUCUCCUUCAGCUCCACCCACAGCCUGCAGCGCCACACUCAGACCACCCGCCAGGGCCCUGGGAGAGUCUUUCAGCGCCCCUGAGCGCGUUCCCUCUCGCACUGCUGAGCGAGACACGCACACCGCAGGGAUUCUGUCUCUCUCUCUCUCUCUCGCGCGCUAACGAGGGAACACCGACGGCACUGCUGGCGUGCGGGUUCUUGCACGGCAGGAGAACGGACCUUCUAGCAGCCGGGUCGUUUCGGAGGGGGCGCCUGCGGGUCCAACAUGAGAUCAGAGCCUGGGACCAGACACCCCUGCAGCCUGGAAAUAGCCAGGUCAAAACCCCCCACCUUUGCUGGACCUUUAAUGUGGACUAGCCCAGUUAACACAGGAGGGAUUUUGAGAAUUGUGCUGCACAUUUGAGUAAUUUUAGGAUGUAACCCCAUAAGCCACAGGUUGCAGCUUCAAUUUCCAGGUGGGUUACACAACAUAAUGAACCUGGAUUUCUUCCAUAAAUAUCUAGCUGUAUAUAUGGGUAAUAUGUCAGGGGGAAAUGUAAGGGUGUCUGUAGUUGUACUUGAAAAAUGUAAAUGGUUUGGUGUGUUACAGUGCAGGGAGUCAGUCCUGGCUCUCCUGAAGUCUGUCGGUCUCUCCUCUCUGUUCCUCCCUAACCCAGCUCAGCACCUGUCGCUGCCUGUGUCUGUCCCUGCAGAGCUCUGCCUGUUGGCUGCUUCAGGGGGCCAGGUGUGCGGCAGACGCUGAGAAAGGCCGGAAGGUUCCUGCCGCACAUCCCUGACCUCAGCGCCGAUGGCGACUCCCUGCCGCGGCCGCAGGAGGGGGAGGGCGCCGAAGGCGGGGCCGACCGCAGGGGGUGUGGCCAGCGGUUUCGACAGGGCCUCCGUCCUCAGCAGCCUCUGAACACACGUAGGGCGUGGCCUUCGUUACUGCACACAAGACUGACAGGCCAGUCUGGAGGGAAGGAGGGAGGGUCUUCCAUUAAGAGCAGAGGGCAGAGGUGGAGAGGGGGGGGGAGGCAGGAGAGUUUCUUAGGCUGUUAGUCCACUGGUCUGUCCUCUGCAGUCUCUCCCUCUCUCCUCCUUCCUGUGCCUUGAGCUCUCUGUCUCAGUCCUGGGGCACGUCAGUGACGUGCUCACAGGAGAGACGAUAACACUAAAAUGCCACUACAGCACUCCACACAU